UUUAGAAAUUUCAUUUACACUUGUCUUGAUCAGUGUUGGUAAUAGAUCUUAUUUGUUUAUUAAGUAAUUUCUAUGAAAAAUGAGUGAAGUUACUGUUUUAUACGAAGGAUAUUCAAAAAUGACCGGCAAAGAUCAAAUGACGGCCAACUGUAGCUGCACAUUAAUCACAGGCACACACAAUGUUAUUGUUGAUACCAUGACCGCUUGGGACACUCAGAAAAUUAUCAUUGCCUUACAGAAACACAACAUGUCUCCAGAGAAUAUAAACUAUGUUGUGAGCACCCAUGGUCACUCAGAUCACAUAGGGAAUAACAAUUUGUUCCUGAACGCAAAACACAUAGUUGGCUUCAGUGUGUCUUUCAGAGAACAAUACUAUAUGCAUCCUUUUGAUAAAGGGGUAGAGUAUGUUAUAAAUGAUUGUGUGAAGGUCAUUCCCACCCCUGGACAUACAUUGUCAUGUGUCACAGUCCUUGUUACAACUGCCGAGGGAAGAGUUAUAGCAAUCAGUGGUGACCUGUUUGAAAAUUAUGAGGACAUAGAUAAUCCAAAUGUUUGGUUGGAGGCUGGCAGCGAUGACCCUGUGCAACAAAUGAAGAACAGGCUAAAAGUUGUUGAGGUUGCCAAUUGGAUCAUUCCUGGACAUGGGGCCAAGUUUCAAAUUACUGAUCAAAUUAGGAACUCUUUGCGAAAACAGGCAGGUAAUGCACCUGUGUAAAGUUUAUGUUCACCCUGGCUACUAUUAAGUAGGAAUUACAGUGGCUAUGUGGGGGAAUAAUCUCAUUUACUGGCCAGAAUGAUAAAAAAACCUUGAGUCCUUAGAGUUAUCUGGCCUAACAUUGCAUACACAUAAGUCUUAGUAACAAUAUUGUCAAUAUUCUGGAGCACAUCAUAUACACAAGUCUUACCCCCUUAUUCAUAAACAUUUACUAAAGUUAUCAAGCCUAUAAAGUUUGUUUGUCCCUUUCCGACGUAUUGGUGUGAUAGAGGGACAAACAAACUUUAUCAGCUUGAUAACUUUAGUGUAUGUUAUUGAAUAAGGGGGUUACAUAACACCUCCCACACACAAAUCUCAUAUUACCCCUCAUUGAUGUCACUCUUAGCAGUGUAUGAUUGUAAAUAAGUUUGGAAAAAAUCACGACAAUAAAUAAAACAAACA